GUCCAGAAAGAGAAGAGAACUUGUGUCGCAUUUUGUGAAGCGAGAAUAGGAGCUCUUUUGUAACCAAGCUAGUAACAUUUAGACCUAAAGACGUCUCAGUAAAUAUUUUCUUAGUUCUACUUGAACCAAACACAGAUUCCACCAUGUUUGAGGCUCGCUUGGUACAGGGAUCCAUCCUGAAGAAAGUUUUGGAGGCUCUGAAGGACCUGAUCACAGAGGCCUGUUGGGACGUGAGCUCGUCGGGUAUUUCUCUCCAGAGUAUGGAUUCGUCCCACGUCUCCCUAGUCCAGCUUACCCUCCGCAGCGACGGGUUCGACUCUUACCGCUGCGACCGCAACGUCACCAUGGGGGUCAAUCUUAGCAGUAUGUCAAAGACUCUGAAGUGUGCUGGGAAUGAGGACAUCAUCACUCUCAGAGCAGAAGACAACGCAGACACACUCGCCCUGGUCUUUGAGACACUCAACCAGGAAAAGGUGUCUGACUAUGAGAUGAAGCUGAUGGAUCUUGAUGUAGAACAGUUGGGAAUCCCAGAGCAGGAGUACAGCUGUGUGGUGAGGAUGCCAUCAGGGGAGUUUGCACGUAUCUGCCGUGACCUUUCUCAGAUUGGUGACGCCGUCAUGAUCUCUUGUGCAAAGGAUGGAGUUAAGUUUUCUGUCACGGGCUGGAUUCUCCUGUAA